AUGAAGGUCUUUUCCAACACAGAAACCUUCAAUUACUCCUGGGAAGAGGUAUCGACCGCCAACUGGCGGAAGUACUGCCCAUGGAACGAGAAGUCGACGCACGUUAUCGCCGUCGACACCAUCAGCCGCAGCGUCGAUCCUGCCACCGGCAUCCUGCGCACCGAGCGCCUCAUCACCUGCCGUCAGGCCGCUCCGGAAUGGCUCAAGAGCAUGAUGGGGGGCGGCAUGGAUGAGUCGCAAGUGUUUGAGACCUCCUACGUCGACCCCAAGACCAAGACUGUCACUAUGGUCUCUACCAACAUCACCUGGAGCAACUUGCUCAACGUCCAGGAGACCGUCGUCUACUCCCCUCUCAACGACCACCAGACCAAAUUCCACCAGGAGGCCCAGAUCACCGCCCUGGCUGGUGGCUGGCAGCGCAUCAAGAACAGCAUCGAGGACACCCUCGUCAAGAGGUUCCGGGAGAACGCGGCUAAGGGCAAGGAAGGGUUCGAGUCCGUGCUGGCCAUGAGCAGGCGCGUCUUCGCCGAGGAAAGGGAGAAGGAGAAGAUGGGUCUCAUCAGGGAGCAGGCGGGUAACAUCCGCAUGGCUGCCUAA